UCAUACACAACACAUUACUAUUAUACUUUUCUCUCUCUCUACAUCUCUCUCCCUCUCCCUCUCUCUAAGCAGCGACUGCCGAGCGAGAUAGUCUUUCGUUUUUCCUCUCUCCCAAGUCCUCCACACCAAUUCAACUUCGGUUCGCUGCUUCACGUGGUUGUACUUCAAUGGAGUUUGUAUCACUUCCAUGCACAUACUAAGUUCCUUGGCGAAGUAAUUUACACCAAAUGAAUUAUUUUGUAUAUUCAUUCACAUAGAGGAUCCAGUCCAAAUGGAUUCAGUUGAACUGAACCAGAAUGGGGACUGCAUCGAUGACACAUCUGCAGAGAAUUCACCAUCUCCAGAUUCCGCUGACGUUUACGGCAUCUUUGGAGAUCCGGAGUUACUACCUAGAGUGGGAAACCAGUACCAAGUUGAAAUUCCAGCAGUUAUUACAAAAUCAGAGUAUGUUUUGUACAAAAAGAACCCAUUGGAGGUAGAAUUUGCUCCUGGCUUUCCCAGUGAUUUUCUUACAGGAUUACCCAUUCCAGUCAUGUGGAUCAAUAAGGAAGUUAAGCACGUGAAACGUAAAGGGCUGCAAUCUCUUAAUCAUUCAAAUGGAAAAACCAACAAAAAUGGUGUCUUGAAAUCCGAAACCAAUAAAGAGGCACCGAUUUUUUCACCAGAUCAAGAUUCAAAACAUAAAGUUGAGCCUGUGGAUAUUGCAUUGGGAAACUUAGGUUUGGACCAAGAAAUGGACUCUAAAACGCGUCAGAAGUACAAAGGUGAAGGAUGUUGUUUGGUUCCUGGUUCCAUUGGUGGUUCGUGGAGUGCUAGUGAAGAGGCAAGUUUCCUCCUUGGUUUGUAUAUCUUUGGGAAGAACCUUAUUCAGGUGAAGAAGUUUAUGGAGAGUAAGAUGACUGGGGAAAUACAGUCCUUUUACUAUGGGAGGUUUUAUCGAUCCGACAAGUAUCGAAGAUGGUCAGAUUGCCGGAAGAUGAGAAGCAGAAAGUGUGUGUAUGGGCAAAGGAUUUUCACUGGAUUAAGGCAACAGGAAUUGUUAUCUCGCUUGUUUCUCCAUGUGUCGGAAGAAUGCAAGAGCACUUUGUUGGAGGUAUCCAAGACUUUUGGGGAGGGGAAAAUGCUAUUAGAGGAGUAUGUCUCUACUUUAAAAGCUUUAGUUGGGAUAAGCAGUCUCGUAGAGGCCGUUGGAAUUGGUAAAGGGAAGAGAGAUCUAACAGGCAUCACAAUGGAGCCAUUGAAAUCCAAUCACGGUGUUUCUACGCGCUCAGAAGUACCAAUUGGGAAAGCAUGCUCCUCUCUCACACCCACAGAAAUCAUCAAGUUUCUCACGGGAGAUUUCCGUUUGAGCAAGGCUCGAUCAAACGACUUGUUUUGGGAAGCAGUUUGGCCCCGUUUGCUAGCAAGAGGUUGGCACUCUGAGCAACCCAAGGAUUAUAACUAUGCCGCUGGUUAUAAGCAUUCUUUGGUCUUUCUUAUGCCCGGUGUGAAAAAGUUUUCUAGAAGGAGGCUAGUGAAAGGAAACCACUUUUUCGAUUCCGUUACUGAUGUUCUGAGUAAAGUUGCUUCGGACCCUGGUCUACUUGAGCUGGAGACGGAAGCGGAUGAGAGAAAUGGAAAAAAGGAAGAGGAUGGGUGGAAAAUGGAAACCAAAACAGAUCAACGUCACUGUUAUCUUCAGCCGCGGACUCCGAAUCUCAUUACGGAUGUCAUGAAAUUUACGGUGGUGGAUACAAGCAUGGGUGAUGGGAAAAUAUUUAAGAUGAGAGAAUUGAAAACGUUGCCAAAUGAAGUUCUGAAAACGACCAUCUCCAGAAGCCAUUCUGAAGAAAGUGAUGAUGGUGGUUCUGAGCCUGAGGCGUCGUCUGAAGAUAUGGAGGUUGUUGAUACCGUGCUAUUCGAUCCUGAGGGCUUUUGUGGUUCCAAUUCCGCAAAUGGUACCUUCUCUUGUGAGAAAAAACCUGAAAUUGGUGCUUCAAACCAAGGGAGCAAGCGUUUGGAUUCUGGGGCUGCAUCCAUUAAGAGUUCGAAGGAUCAUAACAAUUUCUGUGAAAACAAGAAGCCAAGAAAGUCUAAAGAGAGCAGCCGGGGGAUGAAACAAGAUAAUGUGAACUAUUUAUCCCCGGUAACAAAAAGGCGGGUCAAUACUGUUUUACUUGAUCAAGAGGACACCAUUAAGUUUGAUUCCACAAAGACAUUGUCUUCUAUCGGUAUGUUUCCUUACGAGAAAAAUCUUGGAAUUGGUGAUUCAAAAGGAGGAAAUAAGGGUUUGGAUCCUGGUACUUCAUCCGUUAAAAGUCCCAAGGAUUUGAACAAUUUUGCCGAAAAUAAGAAGCCAAGAAAGUCGAAACACAGCAGCUGGGGUAUGAAACAAGAUGACUUGAACUAUUUGGCCCCGGUAACAGAAGGGAGUUUUGGUACCAUGACAUUUGAUCAAGAGGACACCAACAAAUCCAUUUCUGCGAAGAUAUUGCCGGAUAUCAGGAUGUUUUCUUUUGAGAAAAAUCUUGGUACUUCAAACCAAGGGACUCAUGGUUUGGAUUUUGGAGCUGCAUCUGUUAAAAUUUCUGAGGACUCCAACAAUUUCUGCAAAAAUAAGCAGCCAAAGAAGUCUGAAAAUUCCAGAUGGGGGACGAAACAAGAUGAUUUGACCUAUUUAGCCCCAGUAACGAAAAGGCGUCGGAGAUUAAGUGCCUGUAGUCGGGCCGAGAGUAGCCAUCAAAUUCCCGGUUUCUCAGUGGACCCCAGUUUGGGACAAGAAAAGCAUAUUUGCUGCUCAGAAACUACUGAUUCAAGCGAAAACAAUCUCUCUGGGAUUUUUUCUGCUAAAAAAGUCGCUUCUGCCAGUUCAUCGAAAGGAAGCCCCAUUGAGAGCAGUGAGGGCAUUUCUUGUGAAACCCGCAUCUUUGUUGCAGAAGGUUCUUGUCAUACUAAACCACAACCCAGACCGUUGAUUGACCUAAACUUGCCUCAGGUCUCACCAGAUUUUGAAACCAGUGAAGAAAACGAAACAAGCAGAUUAGAAGAUUCUUCAGCACCAAAUCCCCCUGCUGACGUCUCCUCUUCUGAGCAACAGCCUAAUGGAAAUUCCAGAAGGCAAAGCACAAGAAACAGGCCACUGACUGUAAAAGCAUUGGAAGCACUUGCAAAUGGGUUUUUAACCACCCCCACAAGGCGGAAGAAUAAAGAAGCUUUUUCAAGAGAGAAUUCAAUGAGAUCAAGACUGCCUCGACAGGACCACAGUGGAGUGGAGACCACAGAGGACUUCGGUUGUGGAACUGCAGUGGCUUCCCAGGAGGGUGAAGCCAGAAAUGAAGAGAGUAAUGGUGAUGUUGAGAUUUUGGGCGAAUUUCAGAUUUGUCAGUGAAUCAGCAAACUCAUCUAUUUUAUGCAGAAAUGUGGCAGUGAUCUUUCCUAUGAAGCUGAUUUUUAUCAGAAAAAAUACUCACCUCUGGUGAAAUUCUGCUAUCGAAAACUGGGAACGAGAGGAAUAGUGCUCUUUUCAAUCUGAGUUAAUGGACUCAUUUGAUUGCUAGCUGAUUCAUUUUGCAGCAGCUGACGCUUCGAAUUAGUUGCAGCAACUUUUCGGCCACAAUUCAAUCUAUUCAGGUGGAUGUUUCGGUUUCUUUCCCGUGAUCAUGUUCCGCGUUGAAUCAGUUCAUUUGUAGUGAAUGUAUCUUCUCCCAAUAAUCUCCAACAUUCAUAUUCAUCCAUCAUACUUUCAGUUAGUUGUCUAGAAGAGGGACAUCAAAAACCUAGAACUAAUGUUACUUUUUUCCCAUAUGUAUCUUUGUAGAUUUUGUCUCU